GGUAGGCUGGGGAGGGAACCCGUUGGUGGCAGAGUCAUGGCGCGUCUGCUGAGAGCGCUGCGGGGUCUGCCUUGGCUGGAGGCGCCUGGGCGAGCUCGGGGUUGCGCGGGAUCGGGACGCGGGGACACAGGGUCUCUUACCAAGUCCAAGCUCUCUCUAAGCAAGGCAGACUGGCAGAAGAAACUGACCCCUGAGCAAUUCUACGUCACCAGAGAGAAAGGAACUGAAGCGCCUUUCAGUGGGAUGUAUUUGAAAAACACGGAGACAGGGAUGUACCAUUGCGUGUGCUGUGAUAGCCCACUCUUCAGUUCUGAGAAGAAGUACUGUUCUGGCACCGGUUGGCCUUCGUUUUCUGAGGCUCACGGCACCAAAGGCUCAGAUGAAAGUCACACAGGGAUCCUGAGGCGCCUGGACACUUCCUUAGGAUCUCCUCGCAUGGAGGUGGUCUGCAAACAGUGUGAAGCUCACCUUGGCCAUGUGUUUCCUGAUGGACCCGAUCCCACUGGACAAAGGUUUUGCAUCAACAGCGUGGCCCUGAAGUUCAAACCAAGCAAGCCCUGACUGUCUGCAGGGGCCUGUGCUUUGCCCUUGCUUGUGGAGCCGCGGUUCUGUAAUUCUGUUGAAUGCCUUGCUUUAGUUGCUGAAAGUUUAGGUGAAGGUUGUUCCUGGCCACAGGGGAGUCACAGCUUCUUAGUCACCUGACUUCCACUUGGGCUGUGGGAUUUCAGACUCUGGGUGAGAACACAGGGCGGGACCCAGGCAGGAUUUCCACAGGUUCAUGGGCUGAUGAGGGUUCCCAAAGCUGCUGAAGGGAACCUGAGUUGGCCAUCUCCGUUCAUUCCUUCAUGGGCGUAUACAGAUGAGGGCCCAAGGGGGAGAGAAAGGAACAGAUGGGCUGGACCAGAUGAGAGAUCCCAGUGUUGGAGAGGAGGAUGGGAGUGGCCGAGCAUGGGAACACAUUCAGGGAUGGAUGAGUCUGUGGUUUCUUAUCCAAAACUCCACUGACUCAACCUUAAAACUCACAAGUGGGAUCCAUGCGGACUGAGUCAAUCUGAGUGACUGUGAAUAAUGAAUGCUCUCCCUCAACUCUUUGUCACAACACUAAACUUCAAAAUACUCAAAUAAAAUAUUGAGGUCAAUGUUUA